UUAUAAGAUGACCUAAAUAUACAUAACAUUGUACAGUUGUAAGGGCAAAAUGGAGUACGAGUACAAAUUUACCCCGGAUGGGUUUACUGUCACCGAAGACAUGAAGGCGAAGUUUGACGAGAACGGAUGUAUUUUAGUCCGGAAUUUUCUUUCGAAAGAAGAAGUGAAUCAUGUGAUGACGAGUCUCGAGUCGAAAGAAUUCAGGACAUACAUGUAUGGGGUCGACGAUGGCGAAGGACGAAAAGCUCAUAUGAAUGUUUGGAACCAACCUGGAGACGACAUCACAGGAAUGCUGGGAAGGUGUGAAAAGGUUGUGAACACGUGUGAGCAGUUAAUGGGUGGGGAAGUUUAUCACUACCACUCAAAGCUUAUGGGUAAACCGCCUAGAGAAGGUGGUCGUCAUCUAUGGCAUCAAGAUUAUGGUUAUUGGUACGAAAACGGUUGUUUAUAUCCAAACAUGAUAACAGUAUUCAUGGCUAUGGACAAGUGCGAAAAAGCUAACGGUUGUUUGCAGUAUCUGCCUGGAUCACAGAAAUGUGGGCGUAUUGAACACCAUAGGUUAGGUGGACAGUUCGAAGCAGACACAGAAAGAAUAAAAGAAAUACAGAAGCAAAUUCCGUUACAAUAUGCCGAGCUCGAAGAAGGUGAUGCUUUGUUCAUGCACUGUAAUGUGCUGCACUGUAGCAGUGCUAAUCUGAGUGACAAGAGACGCUGGGCUUUACUUUGUUGUUAUAACAGAGCAGAUAAUAACCCUGUUAAAGAGCAUCACCAUCCGCUGUAUACGCCACUGAAAAAGGUAAAGGACAGCGAGAUACUUGCAUGCAAGAAGAUGAUUGAUGUUGAAGGAAAAGCAUUUAUGCCGCUAGGGGUCGACAAAACAUCUUUGCUACAGAAAGUGGAAAAUUAGAACAUUAGCAUUGUAAUGCGUUUCAAAGAAUUUAGAAAAGGACCUUGAUAGUCACAUAAAUUUUUCACAAUGGGAAAGUGUUUGCUGAUAGUUACGUCUUGUCAGUGUAACGGGGCAUACGAAUUAGUAGUCUUGCACCAUG